GAUAGCGCAUCUGUCGGAAUCGCGAAGAGAUUCGCUACAAGAUACUCCUUUGGGAGAUGUGCCUAAAGAUUUGCCGGACCAGCCAGCUGAGAAAACAGUGGCAGAAGUGCAGUGCUCGGAUGUGGACAUAGAUGCGACGGCACAAAGCUGGUGGUCGGAGGGGAGAAGAUUGGUGAUCCAGCGCUGCAGCCCUGGCGCGCUGAGCUUGCAGAAGUGGCAUCGCGUGGAGGAGGUGAGGCAUUGCAAUCGACUUGAGCAUUAUCUUCAUUCCUUUCGGCAGAGGUUUCCUGGCACACUGGAUUGCGAUGCUUUGGUCAAUAAGGCUGGUAGCAGACGCAGAGAUCCGGUGCUGCCGCGCUUGUCCAAUAGACAAGUGCAAUCGCACUGGAAGUGA